CCGGAGGGCGGGGCCCGGGGGCUGCGAGGCCCGGGGCGCAGCCUGGGGACUGGAAUGCCCCAAGGCUCUGGGGCGCACAAAGCGCAGGCGCAGCGGGUUGGGUGGCAGCAGCAUCAAGUAGCGGCCGCUUUGGCAGCAGCAUCGCAGCAGGUGCAGACAGGUUCCUCCUGACUCCGCCCUGGAGAGUCCUUUUGAAGAAAUGGCCCUGGUGAGGGGCGGCUGGCUGUGGAGACAGAGCUCCAUCCUCCGCCGCUGGAAACGGAAUUGGUUCGCCCUGUGGCUGGAUGGGACCCUGGGCUACUACCACGAUGAGACAGCCCAGGACGAGGAGGACCGCGUGCUCAUCCACUUCAACGUCCGAGACAUAAAGAUCGGCCAAGAGUGCCACGAUGUGCAGCCCCCCGAGGGCCGGAGCCGAGAUGGGCUGUUGACUGUAAACCUGCGGGAGGGCACCCGCCUACACCUGUGCGCAGAGACCCGCGACGAUGCCUUAGCGUGGAAGACGGCGCUGCUGGAGGCGAACUCCACCCCGGCCCCGGCUGGAGCCACCGUCCCUCCCAGGAGCCGCCGGGUUUGCCCCAAGGUCAGGUGUGUGACCCGCUCGUGGAGCCCCUGUAAGGUUGAGAGGCGGAUCUGGGUGCGCGUCUACAGCCCAUACCAGGACUACUAUGAGGUGGUGCCCCCCAACGCGCAUGAGGCCACGUAUGUUCGCAGCUACUAUGGGCCGCCCUACGCAGGUCCCGGCGUGACGCACGUAGUGGUGCGGGAGGAUCCUUACUACAGCUCGGGCGCCCCCCUGGCCAUGGGCAUGCUUGCGGGAGCCGCCACGGGCGCCGCUCUCGGCUCGCUCAUGUGGUCGCCCUGCUGGUUCUGAGCCCUAGGACCUGCGCGUAGACCAAAACGACCCCUUUCUUCCUGGGCCCCAACCUCCACCAUCCAAGCCCUGUCCCACUUUGGCUCCUUCCUUCCUAUUAGCCUCUUCUGGGCUUGUUCAUUCCUUCCACUCCCCACCCCCACCCUCACCCGCACACUGUGCUAUCAACCAAGGCACAAACCUAGCUCAAAAUCUUUAAAUCUACCGCUAGACACCCCAGAAAUCCAUUAUGGACACAGGUAGAUAUGUUUUCCGUAAACACACCAGGGCACAGAAAACACAGCUCAUGAGACUUCAAGUUCUCCAGGCACUGAAGACACAGCCCCUCCAGGUUUGGUGGAGCAAACAGGAUUAAACAAACACGCUAACAAGGGGGAGUCGUGAGUCUUCUGACAGUAAGAGGGAAGGUAACAAGGGAGGUAGGUAGGUUAGGAGUACAAUUCUUGGCAAGAGUGCAGAGCCCUGAACAUAAUGGCAUGUCCAAAGAAUUAAAAGGAAGUUCAUUUGGGCUGGGGUGUGGGCAGAUCAUGAAGGCUCUGCAAGCUCAGGAACUUGCUGGGUAAGGGGGAGCUGUGAGCUUCAUGGAGAGAAGUGUCAUGGUGAAUAUAUUGCCUGUGUUAGUACCCGAACCCCAAACUCUCCCUGGGUUUAGCCCCAUCCUUCCCAUGACCAGAUUUCUGGGUCCCUUGUUCCUUCAGUGCUCAGAAAGUACCUGUUUUCCGUGUCAGGGUGCCUGGAACAGCAGUUGAGCUGAAACUGGAGUCCCACUGCUGGGGGUGGGUGAGCUCUGUUUGGGACUUCCAUCAAGAAAUGCAUUUCUGUUCUCCAGGAACUUGGCUCCCUGUCGUAGCUGCGGUUGUCACCAUCUCAGGCUUUGUCUCUUCCUUCGGUGGGGGAGAUGGCAGUGUUCACCUCUGAGGCCUGACCCACCUUUGUCUCAGUCUGGGAGGCCCCAGUGUGCCUCCCUGCAGGUGGCCUGGCAGUCUCCCCAUCUGGUUCCCUUCCAGUCUUCUCCCCCAUCCUGUCCCAAUCACCAGUAGAAAUGCUAACAUCCCUGCCCAGUAGCCAGAGUAGCCUGCUAAAGUUCCCUUCUAGAUAGGGCCUCCAGUUGCCCUGCGGCGGAGACUAAUAAAGGUGCUGUUGGCUCUAG